UUGGCCGACGCGCCGAUUCGCCUUCAAGAUCUUCAUAGUAUACUCUCGCCGCUCUGCAUCUGUGUACUUGCAUCAACGUAUACGCGUACUUGCGAUACAUAAAGGAAAAAAGUUUCACCACUGGACCAAAAUUAACGAAAAAAAAGUAAUCAAUGGGAUGAUCGUUGGAAGCAUAAUGAUUCUGAAACUUUGAUGGUGCAGAUCAAGCCCUCUAUCUAGUUGCAUCAAGUUUUAAUACUCUGAUAAUUGUCAAAAUGUUGAAAAAAUCUUUAUGGAGUCUUUUUGUUGGACUGAUUCUAAACAUUGCAAUCAGCAAUGCGAAAGUAGUGCAGAGAAUAGUCGGCGGCUCUUUAGCUCCAGAGGGGAAGUUCAAGCAUCAAGUGUCUCUGCAAAUCAUCUUCCAAAACCGUUGCACUCGUCAUUUUUGCGGUGGCAGCAUACUCGAUGAUGUGCACAUCAUCACAGCCGCCCACUGCGUCUAUGACAAAUACUUUCGCAAAAUAAAAAAUUUACGGAUUACCGUCAUGGCCGGUACGACGAAUCUGCGUAAUACAAGCUCCGGCAUUUAUCGUGAUGUCGAGUACACCAUCAUACCCACCUCUUUCAAGUUGAACAGUGUUGUUGAUGAUAUAGCAAUUUUGAGGUUGAAACGCCCUUUGCCUCUCAAAAGCGAAAGUCACAGAAUAAGGGCAAUUAACCUACCCAGGGACGACUAUCGAUAUAAACCGCCGAAUAUACAAGUUGCCAUUGUAAGCGGUUUUGGCGUGUACAAACAAAAAUGGAACCCUCAAAAUGGCAAAAUAGAGUUAGGAACAUACAGUCUACGUUUGAAGUUCGCAACUGGAUUGAUCAAUAAAAUCGAACCGCAGUUCGGCUGUAGAGACACGGAAGUCUGCGUCCUAAACGAUAACUCGCACGGAGCAUGCAACGGUGACAGUGGCGGUCCACUAAUCGAUGAAUCAACAAAUACCCUGAUUGGCAUUGUCAGUUACUCGGAUCAUGAAUGGUGCGGAAAGACGACCAAGUACACUAGAGUUUCGUCCUAUCUAGACUUCAUCGGCAAAGUAAGGGCAGGACGUUGGGUUUAUCCUAACGGUGAUAUCAAUGUCCAUCAGCAGGAUCAGGAUUUUAAACAUGAACAAAUUAUGCAGAAAUAUCCGCAUUGCAAUCAGUUAUAUAAAAAUUAA